AUGCGGAACACCAUGCCAUAUAAAGCACUUCCUUGCACUGCGCUCUCCACCACCCACCACCAGAACCCCUCAGCACUCACCAGCUCCCACACCUCUCCCAAACCUGCCCCCGUUGGUGGGGUAAGGAGGGAGCUGGGUCGCGUGGAAAUGAGGCUGCAGAGGAGAAAGAGCAGUGCGGCAGAGAGGGAAGCCACUGCGAAGUUGCUACAGCUGGCUGAGACAAUAGUCACCCCCACGAUUCCUAGGCUUAGUGCUCUAACCAUUUGCCAGAAGGCGGAUUGGGAUAUGGUCGGUGGGGAGGAGGACAGGUGGGAGGAGGUCAAGAGUGGUGAGGAGGAGGAGGAGGAGGAGGAGGAGGAGGAGGAGGAGGAGGAGGAGGAGGAGGAAGAGGAGGAGGAGGAGGAGGAGGAGGAGGAGGAGGAGGAGGAGGAGGGGUUGGCCGCGGUGGGAGGUGGUGCAAGGUGA